AUGCCUCACGCAUCCCCGGAAGAGACUGUGCCUGGAAGUAUUACUCGACAGUUGGCGGAAUUUGUAUACCGCACGACAUGGGACGACAUCCAACCCAUCCGCAAUGUCCUUGAGUGCGGCCUUUUGGACUACAUUGGACUUGCUUCAUACGCCGUCGAGCAUGUCGCCUCAAGCCCGGUCUUUAUUGAAGCGGUCAACAACCUGUCCGCCACGGGGCCAGGCUCUGUCUUGGGCCUCUCACGCAGGUACCAAGCGCAAUACAGCGCCCUGCUGAACGGAACCUUGGUGCAUUCUAUGGACUGGGACGAUACCAACAGUGUGGCUUCUCUGCAUCCGGGCGCCUCUGCCAUCUCAGCAGCUCUCGCCCAAGCAGAGUUGGAGAUGAGUGCCGGGCGCAAGGUAACGGGACGCGAGUUCCUCACGGCGGUGGCGGUUGGGUAUGAGGUGACAUGCCGCCUAGGACGAUCGAUCAGCGACGUGCUGCACCGGGUCGGCUUCCACCCUACGUGCGUGGCGGGGGUCUUUGGAGCCUCAGCCACGGCUGGGAAACUCGCGGGUUUCGACGCGAGCCAAAUCGAGCAUUUGUUUGGGGUUGUGGGGAGCAUGGCCAGCGGGUCGCUGCAGUGUUUCGAGAACGGCGGCUGGAACAAACGCUUCCACCCGGGCAUCGCGGCGCACAAUGCCCUGCUGGGCGUUCAAUUCGUCAAGGCCGGCAUGGUGGGCGCCGCCCGCGCCAUCGACGGCAAGCGCGGCCUGCUGCACUCGUACGCACGCCUGUCGGAGCCGGACCUGCACAUUGUCGAGAGCCUGGGCACGUUCUGGGAGACGUCCAACACGGCCAUCAAGCCGUACCCGUCGUGCCGCCUGGUCCACGGUCCGAUCGAGGCGGCUUACGCACUGCGAAAGCAGUUUCCAGACGACCUUGACCUGGACGCGGCACUGUCAGGUAAAGACAUCGAAGUCACCAUCGGCCCCAAGGCUUUCCAUGGUGUCGGCAGCCCCGCUGCCAACAAGUUCCGCCCGACCAACGUCGUCGAGGGCCAGUUCAGCCUGUACUUCCAGUUCGCCGUGGCCUGGCUGUACGGUUCCAACGCUUGGGACUCGUACCAACUCCUCCAAGACGAGAAGGUGCUGGCACUGUGCCGGCGGAUCAAGGUGCACGUCGACGACUCACUCCGCGACGGCUCGCUUGUGACCGUCGCCCAGCUCGGCGACAAGUGCGUCAAGGUCGAGUACCCGCUCGGUGAGCCCGAGAACCCCAUCGGCCUGCGCGAGGUCGAGAGGUUAAAGUUCCUCCCCAUGGCCGAGAAGGUCUACGGCGUCCAGGGUGCUAGGGAUAUCUUGGCCUUGUUCUACGACCUGGAGAACCAGGACGAUCUGAGCGUUUUCACCAAGGCACUUAGAACCUAG